AAGGAGCGUACCGGUAACGGUGAAGCAAAAACCAGCUCGAAGCACGGUUUGUUUGUAUUUUAGUAUGGAUCGGAGUCAAGUCCCGGUCCGAGAUCCAGUGUUGUUUCUAAACGGGUCGGGCAUGGGCAUUGUGGACAACAUGUUCUUUGCUACAAAUGUUAGAUCUUAGAAACCAUUGCCCGCCUCAAAUCUAAUAAAUAUUGAGAAAACCCUCCAUCCCUCCUAAUAUUUCUCCACACCCUAAACCCGCAAGACCCAUUGACAGCAUUAGAACACCACCCUCCAUAGUACAUGCUGUCAUAUUUAAAAUCCCCAACCAAUCUCCACAAAGCCUUCCCCAUGGAGAGAAUUGCAUUGUCCAGUUGGAAUUCGUAGCUAGCAGUAUUUGAUAAGGAUAGCUAUGGUCUUGAUUCAUAAGAUUGUGGAUUUGUUUUGGUUCAUAAGCUUGAAAGUUGAAGGAGGGGAAGAAAUGUCUGAAGAUAAAAUUAGGCUUUCACCUGAAGAAACUAUUGCAAAAAUAAUGGCCAACCCUGAAGUUGCCCACGCCUUUCAAAACCCAAGAGUCCAAGCAGCAAUCAUGGAUUGUUCACAGAACCCACUGAGCAUUGCAAAUAUCAAAAUGACAAGGAGUUUUCAUUCCAAUUCCAGGCUAUGGUCGAUGGUGGAGUAGAAAUGCUUCAUUAUUUGUUCUUCAUGACUAAGGUGGUUAGAACAAAACUCUAAAUCUAAAAGCAUGCAUGAGUGAACAUACUUUCCCUUGCUGGUGGCCAUAUACUGAGAUGCUUCUUGCCGCAUCCUGUUCUAAAUUUUGACCAGUUCUUGUAGACUGAAUUCAGCUAAGAGUUCCCUCGCCUCAUCAUCCAUGGUCUGAAUAUGUAGAUGGUUGAAUAAGUUUGCUAGUUGUGACCAGUUGUUAGUUAAACUCUUAUUUUGGUGUACUUAAUGCAAUAAAUUUGCUCA